CAUACAUUUUUGACAACGCUACUCUACAACUCAAGGACCACAAGAUCCCAAGGGUUUUAACCAUGUCGUCCGCCGGUUCAUCAACCGUGUUCGGCCCCGCCACGUUUUGUGCCGUGACGGGAGGUAGCCGCGGGCUGGGCCGCAGCAUCGCCGUGGUGUUGGCGGGGCGGCUAGGGGAGGGCUCCCGCCUGGUGCUGACAGGCCGCUCGCUACAGGGUCUACAGGAAACCAAACGGCAGGUGGAAGAGAAAUGCCCGAACUAUCUGGAGGUGAAGUUAGUGACGGGAGACAUGGAGGACCCCACUACCUACCCCGCAUUCUUCUCCGACGUCUUCGCAAACACUCAACCAGGCGCUUUUAAGAACGCCAUGAUGAUCCACAACGCGGGAACUCUGGGCGAUUUGAGCAAGAAGGCAGCCGAACAUUCUGAUCCUCAGAUUCUCAACAAGUACUACGCCACCAACCUGACGUCUGCCAUCGCUCUGACGGCCAAGUUCAUGGAGGUCUUUUCGGGCUCUGGCGUCAGAAGAACUGUUGUGAACAUCAGCUCUGGAGCUGCCAUUGAGCCCCUGGAAUAUCAUUCCCUCUACUGUAGCAGCAAGGCAGCCAGGAACAUGUUCUUCAAGGUGAUGGCGGAGGAGGAGCCGGAUGUACGCGUGCUCAGCUACUCCCCGGGUCCGAUGGUCACAGACAUGUAUUACACAAUCAAGUCUUGUGGAGUCAAAAAAGUUGAAGACGGAUGUAGGAUUAUGGAGUCCCAAGGGUUGAUCCAGAACCCGGACGACUCCGCCCAGCACCUGCUCACCCUGCUAGAAGAAGACAAGUUCAAGUCUGGCGCCUUCCUUGAUGUCUUUGACCGCUUCUCGUUGUGACACGGAAAAAAACAGAAUUUCCUUUUUCUGACUUCUGUGUUUUAGAUAUGCCCCAUUCAGUGUGAUAUUGUAGAUUUUUCGGCGAAAAAUACGCCGCCCAACUCUUGGGCGAAUGUGAGAUUCGGCGACCUUCUGGCUAGACGACAAAAACAACGCGGAUGUCCUGAGAUACAUGUUCAUGUAAGCUAGUGCCUGGCACAGCGCUACACCUGUCCCCACUCGCCACAGACACGUGGUCAAUUAACUCAAUUUGGAAGAUAACCAAUCAGAGGCAUUAUGCAAAUGAGCACGUAUGCUGAUAAGGGCAAAGGUAUGAAAAUGGGAGAUAUUUCACUUUGGUGAGGGAAAGCAUGUACCGUUAGGUACAACCAUGUAGAUGAGAAUGUAAUGUCACUGACAUACGAUAUGCUACCUGAAACGUCCGUUUUCAAAAUCACAUCCAGUUGUUUGAGUAACUAUUAUUUGGCGUUUCUUACAUAUAUAACCUUGAUGUUUAACCUGACAUAGACGCAUGCUUACUUCAACAUUUUAGUCAGAGAAGGCAUGACUGGAUGUCCACAAGGAAAGCUUUCUGUGUUGGUAACCCUCGUGUGAGCACGUAGCCUUGUGUAGCGGUAUAGAACAGGAACAGAAACGUGUAAAAACAAACCUGAAGUAGGGAUAAAGUUUCAUUCCCAGUGCUGUGGACACAACACGCACUGCUUCACAACCACGACUUCCUAAUCCAAUGUUUACCCCGCCAAGCAACAACAAGGCUAAAUGUCGUAUCAAGUACGUUAUAGCUUUAUUCUUCCUUACCGCUGCUAUAAUGUCCCUUAUCAUCUUUGAAUUAUUGACGUGAUAUUUAUGAUAAUGUAUUCAUGAUGUGAAGUUAUAUAAUCUGGAACAUAACGUUUUAAUGUGGUAAAUGGGUCAAAUGGUGGAGGAUUCGAGGAAAACUCGGAGAUAUUUUUUUACUUAACAUAUGUUUUCCGAACGAAUAGAUAUUUUU